GAUACUGAUAACUUUACCGUUUUGUCUGCGCUGCGGAUCCGCUGCCGUCACACUCUCGGGGUGGGGUUUCUAGUUUAGCUGCGCGGAGAAUAGCGACUGUCUGGUAAGAGUGAUGUCACAUAACGAAUAGACGAGAGACCGAACCAGUGACUGAUUGUAAUAGCUGGGGAAAGCGCACCUGUUGAAUAACAGGCUCACAACGAUAUUCCCGUUUUCCGUAUUUCUUCGAAGCUUUUGGCUGCGUUUUAAAAGUUCAGAAUGACGGAUACAAUACUUACCAACGGAAUCAAGGACCGAGCGGGUCAAAAUGGAUAUUUUAAAAAGGGAUGUAACCCACUAGCCCUGACGGGCCGCUCCAAGCUGCAGAAUGAGAGGGCCAGUCUCAACCAACAGAUCAUCAGACAGAUGAGGAUGAGAGCUGGGGCAGAGAACUUACUAAGGGCGACCUCCAACAACAAAGUGUGUGAUAUGGUCGUUCUGGAGCUGAGCUAUAUCAACUCUAACCUGCAGCUGCUCAUGGAACAACUAGAGGGGCUCAACAGCUCCGUGGAGGUCUACCAGAACAUCCAAGAGACCUCCAGCAUCCCUCUCAUCCCGCUGGGUCUGAAGGAGACUAAAGAGAUGGACUUCUCUGUGUCCUUCAAGGACUUCAUCCUGGAGCAUUACAGUGAAGAUGGCUCCAGCUUCGAGGAGGAGAUCGCCGACCUGAUGGACCUGAGACAGGCCUGUCGUACCCCCAGUCGCAAUGAUGCCGGCAUCGAGACCCUGGCCAAGUACUUCAGCCACAUACCUCUACUGGAGAGCCGCUUCUUCUCCGCUACCCGCCAGAUGGGCAUCUUCUUUACUUGGUAUGACUCGUUCACAGGUGUUCCAGUGUGCCAGCAGAACGUGUCUCUGGAGAAGGCCAGUAUUCUGUUCAACAUCGGCGCCCUCUACACCCAGAUCGGCACGCGUUGCAACCGCCAGACGGGCUCCGGCCUCCAGGAUGCCAUCACAGCCUUCCAGAAAGCUGCAGGAGUCCUCCACCACCUGAAGGAGACGUUCACCCACACCCCCAGCUAUGACAUGAGUCCCUCCAUGCUCAGUAUGCUCAUCAAGAUGAUGCUGGCCCAAGCUCAGGAGUGUCUGUUUGAGAAGAUCGCUCUGUCUGGCAUCCGCAAUGAGUUCUUCUCUCUCCUCAAGAUGGCCCACGAGGCUGCCAAGGUAGGAGACACCUAUGACCAGGUUCACCAGUCUAUGAGCCAGACUCCCAUCAAGGACAACGUCCCGUUCUUCUGGUCCACCAUGGCUCAGGUCAAGACCCACCACUACCGUUCACUGGCACACUACUUCCUGGCUACUGCGCUAUUGGACCACCAGCUGAGGCCCAGUGAUGACGAGGACCAACAGGAGAAGGCUCUGUCCCAGGCGUAUGAUGCCAUGCCAGAUGGCUGCUCCCCACUCGACAUCCUCAGGAAGAGAGAGGAGAGACAACGCAUCGGUAAGGCCCACCUGCGGCGGGCUGUGAUAGGUCAUGAGGAGGGUCUGAGGAUCCAUAGUCUGUGUCGUCACCUCAGGAAGCUGGAUGUGCUCCAGGCCAUCCUCCAGGCCAGUCACAACCGUUCCCUGGCCAAGUUCAAUGACAACAACCGAGAGGACGAGUUCACAGACUACCUGGAGGCUCCAGACAUCGUCUCUAAAACGGAGCACAAGGCAGAGAUGGAAACGCCCAUGGCCACAAAGGUGAAAGUCACAGACUUUUUCCGGAGGCUGGGUCCUCUGUCAGUGUUCUCUGCUAAGCAACGGUGGACAGCUCCUCGUACCGUCAGGCUGAGACUGGAGGACAGAGACCUGGGCUUCACCCUGAGAGGAGACCCAGUACCUGUACAGGUUACAUCCCUGGACCCACUCUGCCCUGCCGCUGUCGACGGGCUGAAAGAGGGGGACUACAUUGUUGCCGUGGGAGACGUGGACUGUAAGUGGAUGGUAGUGAGCGAUGUGAUGCGGCUGUUGAAGGAUGUGGACGAGGACGGGAUCGACAUCCGCGUUGUUAGCUUGAUGGACAGCGCCCUGCCCAUGCCCACUAAGAGUGCCACGUACUGCGGAGGUAUAUCUAAGACCUACUCCAUGAUCUGCCUGGCAUUCGACGAUGACAAGAGCCCCAAGGGCCGCAAGGUGACCAAGAAGGGCUCCUUCCUGUCCUGGGGCGUGAAGAACCAUCUGAAGAGCUCCAGCACCCUGAGCCUCCCUACAGCAGACUACUCUGGAACACUGCCUUGGAACAAACCCUGUCCCACCUUCCCUUUAUCCAGCCCCUACAACGACUCCGCUCUUUACUAGAGAAGGAAACAUACUGGACUGUACAGACACUCUACUGGGUUAGAGAAUACUGUGUGAAGGUCUCAAAUGGCACCCUAUUCUCCAUAUAGUGCAGUACUUUGGAUGUCUAUGGGCUCUGGUCUAAAGUAGUGCAAUCUAUAGGGAAUAGGGUGCCAUAGGGCUCUGGUCUAAAGUAGUGCACUAUAUAGGGAAUAGGGUGCCAUUGUGGGCACACAUGUUAAAUGUUAAAUCCACUUUAAUCGGUGUAGAGGAAGAGGAGGAGGCAGGUUAAAGAAGGAUUUUUAAGCCUUGACAAUUGAGACAUGGAUUGUGUUUGUGUGCCAAUCAGAGGGUGAAUGGGCAAGACAAAAGAUUUAAGUGUCUUUGAACAGGGUAUGGUUGUAGGUGCCAGGCGCACCGGUUUGUGUGAAGAACUGCAACGCUGCUGGGUUUUUAACACUCAACAGUUUCCCGUGUGAAUCAAGAAUGGUCCACCACCCAAAGGACAUCCAGCCAACUUGACACCACUGUGGGAAGCACUGGAGUCAACAUGGGCCAGCAUCCCUGUGGAAUGCUUUCAACACCUUGUAGAGUCCAUGCCCCGACAUAUUGAGGCUGUUCUGACACAUUGAGGCUGUUCUGACACAUUGAGGCUGUUCUGACACAUUGAGGCUGUUCUGACACAUUGAGGCUGUUCUGACACAUUGAGGCUGUUCUGACACAUUGAGGCUGUUCUGUCACAUUGAGGCUGGUCUGUCACAUUGAGGCUGGUCUGUCACAUUGAGGCCGGUCUGUCACAUUGAGGCCGGUCUGUCCUAUUGAGGCUGGUCUGUCACAUUGAGGCUGGUCUGUCACAUUGAGGCUGGUCUGUCACAUUGAGGCCGGUCUGUCACAUUGAGGCCGGUCUGUCACAUUGAGGCCGUUCUGUCACAUUGAGGCCGUUCUGUCACAUUGAGGCCGGUCUGUCACAUUGAGGCCGGUCUGUCACAUUGAGGCCGGUCUGUCACAUUGAGGCCGGUCUGUCACAUUGAGGCCGGUCUGUCACAUUGAGGCCGUUCUGUCACAUUGAGGCCGGUCUGUCACAUUGAGGCCGGUCUGUCACAUUGAGGCCGUUCUGUCACAUUGAGGCCGUUCUGUCACAUUGAGGCCGUUCUGUCACAUUGAGGCCGUUCUGUCACAUUGAGGCCGUUCUGACACAUUGAGGCCGUUCUGUCACAUUGAGGCCGUUCUGUCACAUUGAGGCCGUUCUGUCACAUUGAGGCCGUUCUGUCACAUUGAGGCCGUUCUGACACAUUGAGGCCGUUCUGACACAUUGAGGCCGUUCUGACACAUUGAGGCCGUUCUGUCACAUUGAGGCCGUUCUGUCACAUUGAGGCCGUUCUGACACAUUGAGGCCGGUCUGUCACAUUGAGGCCGUUCUGUCACAUUGAGGCCGUUCUGACACAUUGAGGCCGUUCUGACACAUUGAGGCCGUUCUGACACAUUGAGGCCGUUCUGACACAUUGAGGCCGGUCUGUCACAUUGAGGCCGUUCUGUCACAUUGAGGCCGUUCUGUCACAUUGAGGCCGUUCUGUCACAUUGAGGCCGUUCUGACACAUUGAGGCGGUGUCACUCUAUAUUAGGAAGGUGUUCUUAACGUUUUGUAUACUAGGUGUUCUUAAUGUUUUGUAUACUCGGUGUGUUGAUAUUCUAAUGUAAAAAAAAUGUCAAGUUAUACUAUGUAGAUAUCCCACUAUGUAGAAGGUGAAGGAUGUAACUCUGAAACCAGGAAGUGAUACGUCUGUAGUGAGUGUGUGAUAGGCUAACACAAUGCGCUGUAAGCUGAUGAAAAUAGAUUUCUUUAUUUUUUUUUAUUUUUGUGUGUAAUUUCUUGUUAAGACAAUUACUGUGGUUGAUAUGAAGGAAUAUUGUGUGUGGUGGGCUGUUCUGAUUGUAGGCCUUGUGAAAUCUCUGUGUUUUAGAUGUUAUUGGCAUGUCAGGGGAGGGAGGGAGAAGAGAAGGGGCCUGGGUUGAGGGGAAAAGAGGAAGGGAGGAAGAAGGGGCCUGGGUUGAGGGGAAAAGAGGAAGGGAGGAAGAAGAGAAGGGGCCUGGGUUGAGGGGAAAAGAGGAAGGGAGGAAGAAGGGGCCUGGGUUGAGGGGAAAAGAGGAAGGGAGGGAUGGAGAGGGGGCCUGAGCAGUGUAAUAAACCAAAACACCUCUGGGCCAUCGAGACACAGCUCUCACCUAAGCUUCUGCCAUAUUGUAAUAGUGAGUUCUAACAAGCCUUUAAAUGAAACUCGUCGUAGUUAAACACUAAUAUCCAUCCCCCCCUCCUGUACUGCUGACCGGCAGCCAUUUUAAACACUAAUAUCCAUCCCCUGUCCUCCUGUACUGCUGACAGGCAGCCAUUUUGAAACUCUUUGUAGUUAAACACUAAUAUCCAUCCUCCUGCACUGCUGACCGGCAGCCAUUUUAAACACUAAUAUCCAUCCCCUGUCCUCCUGUACUGCUGACAGGCAGCCAUUUUGAAACUCUUUGUAGUUAAACACUAAUAUCCAUCCCCCCUCCUCCUGUACUGCUGACCGGCAGCCAUUUUGAAACACGUCGUAGUUAAUAUAAUAUCCAUCCCCCCCUCCUCCUGUACUGCUGACUGGCAGCCAUUUUGAAACUCGUCGUAGUUAAACACUAAUAUCCAUCCCGCCUCCUCCUGCACUGCUGACCGGCAGCCAUUUUAAUGACAACCUUUCCUGGUAGAGCAGGGAGAAGUCUCCCUACCAGCGGACAGAUGUGGUUCUAUCUCUGUGGAUGUUUGUGUAAUAUUUGCUGUUAAAAAUGAAGGAUAUUUUGUAAAAGGGAAAAAGACUGUCUGUUUUUUGUCUCCGGUGUUCAGUGUAUUUGCAGAUGAUAACGUUAAUAUAACAGUAUACAACAGGUUCAUGUUAAUUUCGCUAAGCCUGGGUUCCAGCGAAGGGAAGAGUCCCUGUUUGAUUCCACCAUUGUGAUUCUACUGGUCUCUAGUGGUUUCUACUGGUCUCUAGUGGUCUCUACUGGUCUCUAGUGGUUUCUACUGGUCUCUAGUGGUUUCUACUGGUCUCUAGUGGUCUCUACGAGUCUCUAGUGGUUUCUACUGGCCUCUAGUGGUUUCUACUGGUCUCUAGUGGUCUCUACGGGUCUCUACUGGUCUCUAGUGGUCUCUAGUGGUUUCUACUGGUCUCUAGUGGUCUCUACGGGUCUCUACGAGUCUCUAGUGGUCUCUACGGGUCUCUAGUGGUCUCUCGGGUCUCUACGAGUCUCUAGUGGUUUCUACUGGCCUCUACGAGUCUCUAGUGGUUUCUACUGGCCUCUAGUGGUCUCUACUGGUCUCUAGUGGUUUCUACUGGUCUCUAGUGGUUUCUACUGGUCUCUACUGGUCUCUAGUGGUUUCUACUGGUCUCUAGUGGUUUCUACUGGUCUCUACGGGUCUCUAGUGGUUUCUACUGGUCUCUAGUGGUUUCUACUGGUCUCUAGUGGUCUCUACGGGUCUCUAGUGGUUUCUACUGGUCUCUAGUGGUUUCUACUGGUCUCUAGUGGUUUAUACUGGUCUCUACGAGUCUCUAGUGGUUUCUACUGGUCUCUAGUGGUUUCUACUGGUCUCUAGUGGUCUCUAGUGGUUUCUACUGGUCUCUAGUGGUUUCUACUGGUCUCUACUGGUCUCUAGUGGUUUCUACUGGUCUCUAGUGGUUUCUACUGGUCUCUAGUGGUUUCUACUGGUCUCUACGAGUCUCUAGUGGUUUCUACUGGUCUCUAGUGGUUUCUACUGGUCUCUAGUGGUCUCUACGGGUUUCUAGUGGUCUCUACGGGUUUCUACUGGUCUCUAGUGGUUUAUACUGGUCUCUAGUGGUCUCUAGUGGUUUAUACUGGUCUCUAGUGGUCUCUACGGGUUUUUACUGGUCUCUAGUGAUCUCUACAGGAUGUCCACCUGAACAUUUUUCUGACACUGCAGUGUUGCACUUUCUUUAUCUACAAAGUAGAUUAUUAUACGUUUUGAUAAUCAAAUUAUAUCUGUAAUAAAAAUCAAACACAAAGAAACAUCUGAAUAUCUAUGUGUGUACAUUGUAAAGCGUUUGUAGACGGUAAAGUUGUGAAGUCUGUUGGCUGUGGCAAAGUAAUGUAUUUUCUGAGAUCAUUGUCUUCAAAGGGGUAUGUAAAAAAAUAUAUAUAUUUUCAUUGUGCGUUUCAUCUUCUUCCAGGAAAUGCCACUCGUGGCUUCCUGAAUUCUACAAAGCAGCAUAUUGUGUGCAGGUCAUAGGGUAUUCUAGGUUUGAUUGUAAACACACCUGUUGUACCGAGGACAGUCACAAUCCUUUUCUGUUGCUCGUCCCAUCUUUACUGAACUCAAUUGUGGCUAAAUAGCUGUUGUACAGUUUUUAUCAUGCUUGUGUAAACUACUCCAACUAUUGCCUCGCUAGUACAGUUUAUAACCUUGCUAGUACAGUCUAUAACCUUGCUAGUACAGUUUAUAUCCUUGCUAGUACAGUUUAUAACCUUGCUAGUACAGUUUAUAACCUUGCUAGUACAGUUUAUAACCUUGCUAGUACAGUUUAUAACCUUGCUAGUACAGUUUAUAACCUUGCUAGUACAGUUUAUAACCUUGCUAGUACAGUUUAUAACCUUGCUAGUACAGUUUAUAACCUUGCUAGUACAGUUUAUAACCUUGCUAGUACAGUUUAUAACCUUGCUAGGACAGUUUAUAACCUUGCUAGGACAGUUUAUAACCUUGCUAGGACAGUUUAUAACCUUGCUAGUACAGUUUAUAACCUUGCUAGGACAGUUUAUAACCUUGCUAGUACAGUUUAUAACCUUGCUAGUACAGUUUAUAACCUUGCUAGUACAGUUUAUAACCUUGCUAGUACAGUUUAUAACCUUGCUAGUACA